AUGCUGAAGAACCGCAUCAUAAUCGACUUUGACAGCAAUGGGGAGGUGAAGGCCACGCUUGCCAGUGCCACGCAUGACAGGAAGUCAGUGACCAAUGUGAUGUUCACCAAGGGCCGAUUCAACGUGAAGAUCAACCUCUUCUCGGAGGAAGUGAACGCCGCGGUUGUGUUCAAGGCCAUGGGGGUGGUGAGCGAUCAGGAGAUCGUCCAGCUGGUGGGCCACGAGGGGAUCAUUGCGUCCCACAUCGCUCCCACCCUGCACCACGCCCACGAGCUUGGCAUCUUCACACAGCAGCAGGCCCUCACGUACAUUGGCAACAGAAUCCGCCAGUCGCCAAAGCAGCAGCUUAAAGGCUGGAAGCGCUCCAAGGCAGACGAGGCUCGCGACGUGCUGGCCAACGUGCUGCUCUGCCACGUACCGAUGAAGCGAUUCAAUUUUGAGCACAAGGUGACUUUUCUGGGGCUCACAAUCCGGAGGAUGAUAUCUGCCCAGCUGGACCCCUCACUGGUGGACAGCAAGGAUUACUAUGGCAACAAGAGGCUGGAGCUGGCGGGCAACCUGCUUGCUCUGCUCUUUGAGGACCUGUUCAAAAGGCUAAACUGGGAGCUGAUGCGCCAGGCGGAUAGCACGCUGUCCAAGUCGAACAGGGCGGGCAUGUUUGACAUAUCACGGUCCAUUCGCCAGGACGUGAUCACGCACGGCUUCGAGCACUCUUUGGCGAGCGGCAACUGGAACAUAAAGCGCUUCAAGGUGGAGCGCAAGGGCGUGAGCCAGGUCCUCUCCCGCCUGUCCUUCAUCGCCGCCUUCGGCAUGAUGACCCGCGUGACCAGCAACGUGGACAAGGGCCUCAAGCUGGCGGGCCCUCGGGCCCUCCACCCCGCCCAGUGGGGCAUGCUCUGUCCUGCCGACACGCCCGAGGGGGAGGGUUGCGGCCUCACCAAAAACCUCGCCCUCCUCACCCACGUGACAAACGACGAUGAAGAGGAUCCCCUUACCCGCCUGGCUUACAUUUUCGGUGUGGAGCCAUGGGGUUUGAUCAGAGGCACUGAUCUGGCGCGAGCGGGUGCGAUCAUUGUGAUGCUCAAUGGCAAUGUACUGGGCGUCCACCGCAGGCCCAGGAGCUUCAUCAACGCCUUCCGCGCGCUUCGAAGAGCAGGCAGGGUGGGGGAAUUCGUGAGCAUCUCGAUCAAGCACGAGUGCAUCCUGAUCUCCUGCGACGGCGGGCGUGUCUGCCGCCCGCUGAUCAUCUGCGACGCCGGGGUGCCGAGAGUCCGGCAGGAGCACAUCGAGGCGGUGAAAGCGGGGAAGAUGGACUUCAAUGACUUCCUGCGCCGGGGACUGAUCGAGUACCUGGACGUCAACGAGGAGAACGAUUGCAACAUCGCGCUGGAUGAGAAGUUCUGUGGGCCACUGACAACGCACCUUGAGGUGGAGCCCUUCACGAUCCUUGGCGUGGUGGCGGGCCUGGUACCCUACCCGCACCACAACCAGUCGCCGCGCAACACGUACCAGUGCGCCAUGGGCAAGCAGGCCAUGGGCAACAUCGCCUUCAACCAGCUCAAGCGCAUGGACACCCUGUUGUACCUCCUGUGCUACCCGCAGCGGCCGCUGCUCACUACACAAACUAUCGAACUCGUGGGGUUCGACAGGCUGGGUGCUGGGCAGAACGCCGUUGUUGCGGUCAUGAGCUACAGCGGAUACGAUAUUGAAGACGCCAUAGUGAUGAACAAGGCGGGGCUGGACCGGGGGUUUGGGCGGUGCAUCGUGUUGCGGAAGUACGGCGCCAACGUGAAGCGGUACAUGAACCGGACCAUGGACCAGAUACGGGGGCCGCCACUGGAGGCCGGGGGCACGGGGACCGCCCUGCACAGAUAUCGAGUGCUGGAGUCUGAUGGCCUGCCAGCAGUGGGCGAGCGCAUUGGCCAGGGGGACGUCUUCAUCAACAAGUUCGUGCCACGCAACACGCGGGACACUCUGGCAAAUCCCCUUUCCAUGGGCGAGAACUUUUACAAGGCGCGUGCGGAGACCUUCAAGUGUGGGCCUGGAGAGCAGUACAUCGUGGACAGGGUGCUGCUCACAGAGAACGAGGACAGCCCAAUCUGCAUCAAGGUGUUGAUGCGACACACCCGCGUCCCAGAGCUGGGCGAUAAGUUCAGCAGCCGGCACGGGCAGAAGGGCGUGGUGGGCAACAUCGUGAGCCAGGAAGACAUGCCCUUUGGCGAGAAUGGCAUCUGUCCUGACCUCAUCAUGAACCCCCACGGCUUCCCCAGCCGCAUGACCGUCGGCAAGAUGAUCGAGCUGAUCGGCAGCAAGGCUGCCGUGCUGUCCGGCCGCUUCCACAGCGGCACAGCCUUUGGCGAGCCCACCGGGCUGGCCAGCAGCGUGGCAGAGAUAUCCGAGACCCUGGUGGCCCAUGGCUUCAAUUACUGCGGCAAAGAUUUCCUCACGAGUGGGAUCACUGGGGAGCCCCUGCAGGGGUACAUCUUCAUGGGGCCUGUGUACUACCAGAAGCUGAAACACAUGGUGCUGGACAAGAUGCACGCCAGGGCCAGGGGGCCCAGGAUGGUGCUCACCCGGCAGCCUACAGAGGGCCGCAGCAGGGACGGUGGCCUGAGGCUGGGGGAGAUGGAGCGCGACUGCCUGAUCGCCUACGGCGCCAGCAUGCUGCUGCUGGAGCGGCUGAUGAUCAGCAGCGACAAGUUCGAGGUGCACGUGGACACCAGGAGCGGGUUGCUGGGGUACUACAGCGCAUCCCGGGGUUGUGCGGUGUCGCCGCUGGACAAGUCGUCCAAGCACAUGGCCAGCCUGACGAUCCCGUACGCCUGCAAGCUGCUGUUCCAGGAGCUGCAGGGGAUGAACAUUGUGCCGCGGCUGAGGCUGACGGACUUAUAG